AUGAAGUCACUGUUGGUCAUUUUGGUAAUCGUGAUUGCAUGCUUCAGCAAUGCCUCGUUGGCACAGUAUGUCCUGAUUCAGAACACCAAUGAUAUUGGUAUCUACUUCAAGGUUGGACAGUGCUACAACACAGUUGUAUACCUCUACCAAGUACCAGUGGGCAUCAGUUCCACCCUAUACACAAUCGAUUCGGACAACAACAACAUCGUCUGGAUGCUCUACGAUGAUGACGCCUGCCAGAACUUGAUGGACACGACCAACAUCCCUAUCAACUCUGACUACACAUCAUCAUAUGGCGAGUUCACUUCAGGUACAUAUGUCGUGACAGACAGUCCUACACUACCCGCCAACUCUUUCAGUUUUGGAUCGCAGAUGGAUAGCGACUGCCAGCCCAACGUAGUCAGCUACUUCCCCACAGACACCUGCUUUGAGAAUCCUGAGAAUGAAAUGGAGCCCACGACCAUCGAGUGUUUGACCAACGGCACUAUCAUCUAUAGCGCUUGGAACGAUCCCAAGUGCCAGACACUCGGUCUCCAAUACAUCAUGGAGGUCACACUCGACUGCCAGCAAGGCUAUUGGAACAGAUGUUCGUAA